CCUCCCGCCCCGCCGCCCGCCGGGAUGCUGCUGCCGCGGGGGCCGCCGCCGCCGCUCUCGGCCCUCUCCCAGGUGCUGCGGCUGGAGCGGAGCCGUCGCAUCGGCCUGGUCUUCCCGCUGCAGAAGCUGGCGCGGCACCUGGCUCCCGGCGUGGACACGGAGCGGUUCCGGCUCUUCCAGCCCGGGCUGGCCGCCCUGCAGCAGGCCGAGGCGCUCUUCAGGGCCGGCCGCCAUCACGCCGUGCAGUACGUCAGCUCCGCCGUCCGCAUGGACCAUGUCCCGCCGCCCGCCCUGCCCGAGGUGUGCUUCAUCGGCCGCAGCAACGUGGGCAAGUCAUCGCUAAUCCGGGCCUUGUUCUCCCUGUCUCCAGAAGUGGAGGUCAGAGUGUCAAAAACUCCGGGCCACACCAAGAAGAUGAACUUCUUCAAAGUGGGGAAGUACUUUACUCUGGUGGAUAUGCCAGGAUACGGCUACCGUGCCCCACAAGACUUUGUAGAGAUGGUGGAGGCUUAUCUGCAGGAACGGAGCAACUUGAAGAGGACUUUUCUAUUAGUUGAUGGUGUAGUAGGACUCCAGAAAACAGAUCAUAUUGCAGUAGAGAUGCUGGAAGAGUUUGGGAUUCCUUAUGUGAUGGUGUUAACAAAAAUUGACCGAGCUUCCAGGGGACUAUUGUUAAAGAACGUACUGGAGAUCCAGGAGUUUGUAAAGGAGAAAACUCAGGGAUGCUUUCCUCAGCUAUUCCUGGUCAGUUCGCUGGAGUUUUCGGGGGUUCACUUGCUCAGGUGUUUUAUAGCCCAUGUUACUGGAAACCUGCCUACUGUAGAGGCCAGCUGAAAAGACAGGCUCCUGGUCUGCUUGGCUCAUCCAGAACAAAAGGUGCAGUGUGACAGCACGCCCCACCUGCAUAUGGCAGGUUCUCCCUGUUCCAGGUGGAUGAAGGAAAGGACACAUCUUUAAUGGGAGCUGCGUUUUGAUCACUGUUGGCUUGAAACACAGAAGAAGAAAUGACUGACACCGAGGGGAACUCUCUCCUGCACUUUAGCAUCCAUCAGUUCUGCAUCUACCUUCUGAUUUAAAUCCAGCAUGAAGUUCUGCUGCUGCACUCGGAGAAAUUCACAGAGAUGAGACAUACUGUCCAUUAUCUGCAUCUGUCCUACCCUGGCAGCUGAACCACAGUACUGAUGUCCUGUACGCAUUAGGGGUGUUGCAACAGCUGGCAGAACUGUGUCCCACAGCAGCUAAGAGUACCUGAAGUUGGCUCAUUACAAGGCACAGAAUUGGAAAAAAAAAAAGGACUGCCAUCAAUAACAGUAGUUGUUACAAAAUAAUUUACAGUAAAGCUAUUAAGUGCCUGUCAAACUGGCACUCGGUCUCGUCAUGUUUCAGCAUUGCCAAAUGUGUGUAUGCGGUUGCCAAGGUCACUUACAUUAAGUGUUUAAACCUCAAGAAAGGGCAGCUCUUUUGUUAA